GGGGGUCUCCCUUGGCCCCGCUGCCUUUGCUCCCUGCGCGUUCCGGUGCGUGAGGGGGCUUCAGCGCGCCGCACCCCGGCUUCUCCAUAGUCCCCCGCCCCGCGCGGGACUUGCCCCCCGCCGUCAAGAUGGUCAUCCAGAAAGAGAAGAAGAGCUGCGGGCAGGUGGUUGAGGAGUGGAAGGAGUUCGUGUGGAACCCGAGGACGCACCAGUUCAUGGGCCGCACAGGGACCAGCUGGGCCUUUAUCCUCCUCUUCUACCUCGUCUUCUAUGGCUUCCUCACCGCCAUGUUCACCCUCACCAUGUGGGUGAUGCUGCAGACAGUCUCUGACCACACCCCCAAGUACCAGGACCGAUUGGCUACACCAGGGUUGAUGAUUCGCCCUAAGACUGAGAACCUCGAUGUCAUUGUCAAUGUCAGUGACACUGAAAGCUGGGACCAGCAUGUUCAGAAACUCAACAAGUUCUUGGAGCCUUACAAUGACUCCAUCCAAGCCCAGAAGAAUGAUGUCUGCCGCCCUGGUCACUAUUAUGAACAACCAGAUAAUGGAGUUCUAAACUACCCAAAACGUGCUUGCCAGUUCAACCGGACCCAGCUGGGCGACUGCUCUGGUAUUGGGGACCCUACCCACUAUGGUUACAGCACUGGACAGCCCUGUGUCUUCAUCAAGAUGAACCGGGUGAUCAACUUCUAUGCAGGAGCAAACCAGAGCAUGAAUGUUACCUGCGUGGGGAAGCGAGAUGAAGAUGCCGAGAAUCUCGGCAACUUCGUUAUGUUCCCUGCAAACGGCAACAUCGACCUCAUGUACUUUCCCUACUACGGCAAGAAGUUUCAUGUGAACUACACGCAGCCCCUGGUGGCCAUCAAGUUCCUGAACGUGACCCCCAACGUGGAGGUGAACGUGGAGUGCCGCAUCAACGCUGCCAACAUCGCCACUGACGACGAGCGUGACAAGUUCGCGGGGCGUGUGGCCUUCAAACUCCGCAUCAACAAAACCUGAGGCCCCCUUCCUCCCGCCCCCACCUCUUUCCUACGGAUGCUUCUGGAAUACUCCUGACCCCGCCUGAUCCCUCCCUCACCCACCCCAAAGGUAUUUUUUAUAACAGAGCUAUGGCUUGUCUGAGCCUCGCGCCCUUUUCCUUUCCUUCUGAACCCGGCCUGACAUCUGUCGUGAUUCUCUGGUUGCGCACACUUUCCACCAUCUUCUUCCUGCCCAAGCUCUGUCAGAGACAGGGAGAUGGAACCCCCAAGACGUCAUAGAGUUCGGAGUCUUUCUAGUCCUGGUGUAGCUGUGAGAGGGGUGUCCUCACAGCUCCCCACCCAUCCUGCCCUCUUGUCCCACCCCUCCAGAACUAUAGAAAGCCCACCCGCCCACCUUGGGCUUCCCUCAUAGCUCAGUUGAUGAAGAAUCCGCCUGCAAUGCGGGAGACCCCGGUUUGAUUCCUAGGUUGGGAAGAUCCCCUGGAGAAAGGAAAAGCUACCCACUCCAGUAUUCUGGUCUGGAGAAUUCCUUGGACUGUAUAGUCCAUGGGGGUCACAAAGAGUUGGACACGACUGAGUGACUUUCACUUUCUUUUCACCCACCCACACACAAACGGCAAUCUCUUCAUGCUUAUCUCCAGACAGAAUGUGGCACUCUAUUCUUUUUUUUUAAAUAACUGAAGUAUAAUUAACUUACAACACUGCUGUUAGUUCCAGGUGCACAGCUUAAUGAUUUAAUAUCUCUGUAGGCUACAGAGUGGUCACCGGUGUGACCCUCUAUCCUCCCAUGCCAGCCCAGCCGCUGUCCCCCUCCCGUCUCCCACACCUUCUGCCUUGUCUACCACAGUCGCUGUCGCGGUGGCUUUUGACUUGUGUGACUCCUCUGGUCAGUCUUUCCUCACUUCUCCAUCCCCAUUCCCUCCACUGAAAGUGGGACCACUUGUAACUGAAGACAUGGUGGCUCUGUGGCCUUUUCCUUCUUUCCUGGCACAGCUGGUUUCUCACUCCACGUUGAAUACGUGAGCUGGGAAUGAGGGUCCAAAAGAGAAAUCCCUGUUGGUUCUU